AUGACGAAGCGCACGAAGAAGGUCGGCGUCACUGGCCGUUACGGUACCAGAUACGGUGCUUCCCUCCGCAAGCAGGUGAAGAAGAGCGAAAUCACCCAACAUGCUCGCUACAUCUGCGCCUUUUGCGCCAAGAACACCGUGAAGCGGACCUCUGUCGGCAUCUGGCAGUGCAAGUCUUGCAAGAAGUGCAUUGCUGGUGGCGCUUACGUCGUCUCGACCCCUGCCGCUGCUGCUACGCGGUCGACCCUGCGGAGAUUGCGCGAGAUUGCCGAGGUAUAA